GGUGUCAGUAUCUCCAAGGCAGUAGUAGAGACUGAGCCAGGGCAGUUAGAAUCCACUCAGGCUCCUCCCAGUGUUCAUCAAGAAUGUGAAACUGCUACUAAUACUGCUAGACCAAACGAGCCUGCUGACGAUACUUCAUCUCCUAACACAGCCUAUACACUGACAAUUGACAAUACUCAAGAUGUUUUUGAGAUGAUGUAUGAAGCACGAGAGAAGUGGCGUAACAUUGGGGGAGUCUUCCGUCUUUCUGAGUCAACUCUGAAAAAUAUUGAUUCCGAGAACAGAAACAAUGAUGACAAGCUACGUAAGGUCAUCAUUGAAUGGCUCAAUAGAUACGGUAGAACUGGAAAUUGCACUUGGACCACUGUGGCCAUGUCACUGAGAAAUAAAACUGUGGCUCGAGAAGAUGUUGCUCGUGAGGUGUUAGAGCAGCAUCCCCAGCCAUGGAGUGUUCCUCCUCCCUCCCUUCCUCCUCCACACUCUUCCCCUGACUCAGGAUCUGGAGCUACUCCGAAAUCCGCUACCUCCCACCCUCAAGCAGACUCUUCAUUUAGCUCUCCAGAUGAAGGUGGUAAAGGCCAGGAAACCUCUGAGAUAGGAAACGACACAGUU